AUGCCGCUGCCAGAACUUUUGAAACGAGCCUCGAGCUAUUUCCUCGGUUUGGAGUUCGAUGAUAACGAGGAACCCCCUGAUUACGUCGACAACGAAAUAUUGUUUUGCAAGAAUAAUGUGUGCGUGCAUCCGCCGACUGUAGCCAGGCAUGAGCUGGACAUCGUGCACCAUCCAGGGUACCUCACAGUCACUACCAAAGUGUUUACUGAUCAACACAAUAAUGCCAAACGACCUACGCUUUUCCUCAACUGGAUUCCGAAUUCUACAUUGCGGAAAUGUCCUUCGGCUGUAGAAACCAGUCCGAACGAUGAGUUGGUGUGUUCAGGUAAACCGGCGAAUCCGAAGGAAAUACCUAAAUCACGCAGCAACAGAAACAGCAUAAAAUUGGAUGCUAAUAACGAACAUGCAUUUUCUGACUCCUCAGAGACUACAAGUUUAAAUUCAAACUCUGAUAAACAAAGUAUAAAGUCGUCUGAUACGAGUAGCUUUGAGAAGGACGAGUCCAGGGAUGAGGUGUUUGUUUACGACAAACACGUGAGAUCACAGUCAAUGACGUCUGUGAACAUCACAAUAGCUAAUCCAACAAUAGAGAACGUAGAUUUGACCCCUGACUCCGUGUCAGGAGACAGGUUUAUUAGGUCACUGUCGAUGAGUUCGUGUGACGAGGGUAACCCUAAUUGGAUGAGUACUCCGGAGUUUUUAGCUCUCAAACAUAACUUGGUGUUUCCUGACAGUGUCCAUAGUUCACCAGUGCCGCAAAGACGAGCUCCUUUGAAAUGUCGAAGAUUCUCGGUGGACCUGAGCCAGAUGCGGUCACUUCGUCUAUUCUUUAACGACGACAACUGCACGUGUGGACAGCUGGUGGUAGCUUCCAGGGAAUCUCAGUACAAAAUUUACAUUUCCACCAUGGAGGUUGGAUCAUUUGGCGCAAGUUCUGAAGAGCCAAACUUACCGUAUCGUCAUUUUAUGGUAUGCCGUCCAGAAGUGCAGAAGUCCGAACAGCAUCCCGAGGAAGGCAAACUUCCCAAAAUAUCCCCCGAACUGUUUUACGGAAAGAUAAUGAACGCAAAGGGUGUGAUCGAAGACGAUCUCUUUUUGAGGAAAUGCGUCUUCUUCGGAGGACUGGACAAGGAACUUAGGAGGGAAGUGUCGAGAGAAUACGACGAAAUUACGACCAGGAGACUGGAAAAGAUGACUCCUGAGCAGCAUGCAAUCUUUUGGAAGACAGUACAAUGUGUGAUAGAGAAAGAUGUGGUCAGAACAGAUAGAGGAAAUCCAUUUUUUGCGGGAGAAAAUAAUUAUAACGUGGAAAUAAUGAAGAACAUAUUGUUGAACUAUGCAGUGUAUAAUCCAGUUUUAGGGUACACCCAAGGAAUGAGUGACUUGUUAGCUCCAGUAUUGUGUGAGAUUAAAUGCGAGGCUGAAGCGUUCUGGUGUUUCGUGGGACUGAUGCAACGAGCCAUAUUUGUGUGCACACCGACCGACAAUGACAUGGAUAACAAUCUUGCUUACCAAGCUAAUAAAACAGCAGAUAAAUUUAAAAUUCGAACGUUUUCGAGCGCUUCUCCGUUCACUCAGCGCUUAAUUCGCUUCAUUCCGUAG